AUGCCAACUCCAGCGAGCCUUGUCCACUCUAGCUCUAGCACCGCCGCCGCUGCCUCCUCAUCUUCGUCGUCGGCGCCGGCGGCCAUGAUCUCCAUCGACCCCAACAUGGUGGUCAUCCUGGCCGCCCUCCUCUGCGCGCUCGUCUGCCUCGCCGGCCUCGCCCUCGUCGCGCGCUGCACCUGCCGCCACGCCCGCCGCUCUUCACCGUUCGCCGGCAAUAGCAUCACCAUGACCUUGCCUCUUCCUCCCCGAGGCCUGAAGAAGAAGGCCAUCGACGCGCUCCCCGUCACGGCAGUGAAGGAAGGGCACCAGCUGGAGGAGCAGUGCGCCAUCUGCCUGGCGGACCUGGUCGCCGGGGAGGAGCUCCGGGUGCUGCCGCGGUGCGGCCACUCCUUCCACGUCGCCUGCGUCGACGCCUGGCUCCGAACGUGCGCCACCUGCCCCUCCUGCCGCGCCACCAUCCUCGAUUCGUCAGUGUCCUCCUCGUCCUGCUCGCCGCCGGCGCCACCGCUCGCAGCCCCGGGCCGGUGCCGGAGCUGUGGAGCGGCCUGUGACGGCGACAGCGUGGCCACUUCUGCUUCUGCUGACACGGACGGGAGCAGCUUCUUGCCGUAG